CAAACAAAAUGGACCUGAAUUCAAUUCCCAGAACCAGUGUAAAAAACCUGGCCAUGGUGAUGCCAAUGCCAGAGAUGCAAAGACUGGCAGGUUCUUGAGGUUGACUAGCCAGUCAACUUAGCCUACUCCACAAGCGAAAGGUAAAGUGAGGCCCUGUCUGUUAAAAAAGAGGGGGGUGCACAGUGAGAGGGAGAUACUGGAGGUGGACUUCUGGCCUUCACAUAUGUGCAGUUUUGCACACACACAACCCCCAAUAAACAACAACAACAAAAAACCAACUUUGGUACAUGUGUUUGUACGUUAGAUUUAUGUUCACUUGGGUACAUAACAGUGUGUGAAACUGCUAAGUCAUACAGGAACCAUAAAAGUAACAUUUUACAUUCCUUACAUUUGUGAAUGUUGGGGAUUUGGCCAUUUUGAGUACUUUACGUCAAAGUUGAGUUUCCAUAAUGUCCUAUGACAUUAAGCAUCUUUUUAAUGCUUAUCUGCAUGGUGAGGUAUCUGUUAAAAGGGCUGUGAAUUUUCUUAAGGUGGUGGUUGUGUGUCUGCUCUCCGUCUCGACUAUCUUUUGACAAUAAGUGAUCGUGUAUUAUCGUGCAACUUCUUGACACCAGUUAGUAACACUUUUUUUUUUGGCUUGAGAUUUCACAAUUACCAUUCUAGAGGGUUACAAAAUAAUCUCGUCUUCCUCGACAGCCCGCCGCGGCGGAUGAACGAUAAUUUCUUCGCCGGCUCUCCAUCUCGGGGUUUUCCGGCGGGCCAAGCUGACUCCGCCCUGACCGAGCAGCUAGGAUCACCUCUAUUUAAGGGCUCUCUCGGAACUAGCUGGAAAGCAAGGCACAGCUGCGAUUCUUUCCGCGGGGAGGCCUCCGGGAUCGACGUGCGAACGCGGCGUGCCAGCCAGGCGGAGCUCACACGGCCCAGCUGGGAGGCUGGCACCCGAGCGCGCUUCACCGCCCCGGGGCGUGAGCAGAGGCGGAGACAGAGGCGGAGGCAGCGGAGUGCCGCCCCACCCGGCGGAGCUCGGUAGAGGAGGACGAGCGGCCCCCGGGGCGGUCUCGGGAACGCGGGUGUCGGUGCCGCUCACCUCCCGGGCGUCGAACGGCCGCGCGGCGCGGGUGUUCCGCGGCGGCGAGCCUGGCGCCGCUGGAGCGCCGAGCUCGGUCGCGUCCUCGUCAGGGCCCAGGAGCCGUCCUGGCCGGGCAGCCACGGCGAGGCGCAGCUCCUGAGACCCACCGCCUGUCCUUCCUCACCUAGGCCGGGGGACUCGGCUGAGGGAAAGGAAAGUAACCCCGAGGACACAGCACUAAGCAAGAACCAGUAGUGCUGUGUUGAGCAUUCAAAAUGCAACCAGACAUGUCCUUGGACAACAUCAAGAUGGCAUCCAGUGACCUGCUGGAGAGAAAAGAUCUCGACAGUGGAGGCUUUGGGAAGGUGUCCUUGUGUUUCCACAGAAGUCAUGGAUUUGUCAUCCUGAAAAAGGUGUACACAGGGCCCAACCGUGCUGAUUACAAUGAGGCUCUCUUGGAGGAGGGGAAGAUGAUGCACAGACUGAGACACAGUCGAGUCGUGAAGCUGCUGGGCAUCAUCUUAGAAGAAGGGAAUUACUCGCUGGUGAUGGAGUUCAUGGAGAAGGGCAACCUGAUGCAUGUGCUGAAGGCCGAGAUCAGUGUCCCGCUUUCUGUAAAAGGAAGAAUAAUUGUGGAGACCAUUGAAGGAAUGUGCUACUUACAUGACAAACGUGUGAUACACAAGGACCUGAAGCCUGAAAAUAUCCUUGUUGACCGUGACUUUCAUAUCAAGAUAGCGGAUCUUGGUGUGGCUUCCUUUAAGACUUGGAGCAAACUAACUAAGGAGGAACACAACAAGCAGAGGGAUGUGAACAGCACCUCCAAGAGAAAUGGGGGCACCCUCUCCUACAUGGCACCCGAACACCUGAAUGACAUCAACGCAAAGCCCACGGAGAAGUCAGACGUGUACAGUUUUGGCAUUGUACUUUGGGCAAUAUUUGCAAAUAAGGAGCCCUACGAGAAUGCCAUCUGUCCUGAGCAGCUCUUGAUCUGUGUAAACUCUGGAAACAGGCCAAAGGUGGAAGACAUCAUUGAGCAUUGCCCAAGGCAGGUCAUCAGCCUCAUGGAGCGGUGUUGGCAAACAGACCCAGAAGACCGGCCAACCUUUCCUGGCAUUGAAGAAGAAUUUAGGCCUUUUUACUUAAGUCAAUUUGAAGAAUAUGUAGAAGAGGAUGUGGCAAGUUUAAAGAAACAGUAUCCAGAUCAAAGUGCAGUUUUGAAGAGAAUGUAUUCUCUCCAAAACGAUUGUGUGCCCUUACCUCCAAGCAGGUCAAAUUCAGAACAGCCCGGUUCGCUGCACAGCUCCCAGGGACUCCCGAUGGGGCCCGUGGAGGAGUCCUGGUUUUCUUCCUCUCCAGAGCCGCCACAGGAAGAGAUUGAGCGCAGUGUACAGGCUAAACUCCAAGAGGAAGCCAGUUACCAUGCUUUUGGAGCAUUCACAGAGAAGCAGGAGAAAGCGCAGCCCAGGCGGAAUGUGGCUUACAGCAUAGAGGAGGAGAGGAAACGAAGGGUCUCCCAUGACCCCUUUGCGCAGCAGAGACCUCAUGAGAAUGAUCAGAGUGCAGACAUCAAAGGUCUUUCUGAUCCCAGCAGAGUCAGAUAUGGCAAUGCGGCACACCAGCCAUCAGGGCCGGCCAGCCAAACACAAGUGCCGCUGUGGAACAACGGAGUAUAUACUCAGCAUGGGUUUGGAACCGCAGGUGCAGGCGUUUGGUAUGGGCCAAAUCCAAGCCAAAUGUCUAAGACUCCGGUACCCGAGAGCAACCUGCCGGGAAGCACACCCACUGUUCCAUUCAUCUCCCUGCCACAAUCAGAUGAGUCCAUAAAAUAUACUAUAUGCAAUAGUUCUGCUGUUCAGAUUGGAAACUUCAAUUAUAUGGAUCUUGGAGCGAGUUCACAACUACCAGACAACCUGUGCAGAGAAGAGCCAGCUUUCAAGCACCAAGCCAUCUUUGAUAACACCAGUAGUCUGACUGAUAAACACCUGAACCCCGUGAGGGAAAACCUGGGGAGGCAGUGGAAAAAUUGUGCCCGCAAGCUGGGCUUCACUGAGUCUCAGAUCGAUGAAAUUGACCACGACUAUGAGCGAGACGGGCUGAAAGAAAAGGUUUACCAAAUGCUCCAGAAGUGGUUGAUGCGGGAAGGCACCAAGGGGGCCACAGUGGGAAAGCUGGCCUGGGCGCUUCACCAGUGUCACAGGAUAGACCUGCUGAACCACUUGAUCCUCGCCAGCCAGAGCUAAGCCUGGGCUAGCUCUGGCAGUGGGAACCAGACUGUUCGCCCGGUGUACCAGCCCCGUUUGCCCCUGGCCUUCAGAACUCAUCUCAGUACGAGCCCUGCAUCUGCGCAGUGUCAUGCAUUCUGGAACUAGAGAAUGGGAAGAGAAGUCUGCAGCCAACUGUGGUUCUUCAGAAAGUACAAGCAUGAAGACUGUUCAAUGGCCCAGGACAAGGUUGGGGUGGGGGAUAAAAAGAACAGCCUAUUGGGUUGUGAAAAGGAGAGAAGAGGUGUUGGAGGAGAAAGUUGGUCUUCAUUCAGCUUGUGCUAUAGUCUUUAGUUAUGCUAUUUACUCAGUUUCCCGUGGUUUCGUUUGGGCAAGGGGGUUAAAAAAAAAAAAACAUUCAAAGAAUGUAAAAUCCACUAGCUUCCUACUUCAUGCACUGAGUGCAGUCAAGUUCUGCUCAGAUGCCUAAUCCGAAGCCACGGUUCUUCCUACAGUAAUAGGCUCUGUUAACUUUAGCAUCAGUGCUGUGCUGUCACCUUAAGCUUUAAGAAUCGUGUGCAAUUCUAGUCUGUCAAAUGUAAGUUAAUGAGGAGAUGAUAAGGAAAAUCUAAGGGCAGCGGGAGAUCAGCAGAUUCCAGCAGUCACCACUGACAGCUGCUGCUGAUUGCAGCCACUCUAAAAACUGCUCUAAGUUUUUCAGUCCUCUUCUGCCAUUCUGACGCUUCGUGCAGUUCCUCAGCCUUCGCCCCACAGAGGGAACAGCUGUGCAGAAAAUACUGAUCAGGAAACAGCACCUCUUCCUCCCUGGAUAUGACCAGAGCCUCAGCACUGCUCACUGUAGAGCUGUUUCCUCAGUUUACCCAGAAACAUGUACUGUAAAAAAAAAUAUGUUUCUUCUAUGUGCCAUGAAUCAAAGAGGACA